AUGUCUUACAACAAGAUCAUUUCCAAGAAAGUGGUGGACUCGUUUACGAGAAAUGGGGUCAAUAUUACUAUCUCCGUGGCCACAAAGACGUCGAUUUGGGAGCGUCCCAAUUUAGCUGUUGAUACAGUAGCGAAACCUUUCUCUGCUUCACUGAAAUCUUUUACGGGAACAUUGCCUGAGGGCACGGCAGACGUUUGCGCAAGCAUACGAGCGGCGACAAGAGAAAUCAUUUCACAGCCGUUUGCUUCAACUAGCAAGGCCAGGGGACAAGCGUCCACAUCCCAAAGAAGUGAAGUUCUUAGUGCUUCCCUGGAUAUCGGGUGUGUUAAGGAAAUGCCUGAGCAGGCCCUCGGAGUCGGCUCCGUUCGUUGA